GUUUGGAAGCAGAUGAUUGGAUUUUGAAUAUUAGGCGCAGAAUCAUCUUGUACGCUACCUUCAGAUUGGUAAGGAAGGAAAGAGGCUCCGUCCUUGUCUAUGGCUCUGAAACAUGGCCAAUACGAGUUGAAGACAUGAAAAGGUUGACUGUUUUUGAUCAUAGAUGUCUACAAUCUCUUUCUCAUGUUAGGUGGUAUAGAUUAAAAAGUCAUGAUUCUAUUCUUUCAAAAUUGGAUACAUUUAAACGAAAGAAAAAAGCUCGUUUAGAAGUUGAAGAAUUGACUAAAGAAAGUCGUCAAGCGAUUGAAAUGGCAGUCAGUGCAUUGUCUACAGAUGAUCCUAAACAAUAUCAAUUAGAAGAAGGACAAGAACGUUCAUUUAUUGAAAAAUCCUCUCAAAAUUCUGAAAGUGUUAAAAAUCUAUUGGAAAAAUUAUUAACAUGGAUUAAUAAUGAACUCUCGGAACAACGUAUUCUUGUCAGAGAUAUACAAGAAGACUUAUAUGAUGGUCAACUUUUACAAAAAUUAGUUGAAAAAUUAGCCAAGAUAAAAUUAGAUCACCCUGAAUUAACGCAAUCCGAAAUUGGACAACUUCAACGUUUACGUGGUGUUUUACAAACAGUCAAUGAGAUACUUCAUGUUUCUGAAAGUUGGGCUAGUCAACGAUGGACUGCUGAACGUAUUCAUCAGAAGGAUUUAGUCGCUAUUCUACGUCUACUGGUUGCUAUUGCUCGUCAGUUUGAACCACAAAUGCGAUUUCAACCGGGUAUUUUCCUUACUGUUAUCAUAGCUCGUAAAUUAAACGGUAAAUUGGAGUAUCGUUAUGAAAGAGAAUACAUCACGGAGUUUACUGAAAAACUACCGGCUGGCAAUCCACUCGAUGCCAUCUCUGAACAUCAUAUGGUUUUACAGGCUGUCGUGGCCUUUAUCAAUGCGUAUUUAGAACAAGUUGGCUUCCAUGUGACUGAUCUCUCCAAAGAUUUUAGAGACGGAGUAUUACUUAUCCUGUUAAUGGGUCUUAUUGAAGGUUAUUUUGUACCAUUUUAUGCUUAUCAUCCAACACCGACAACAGAAGAGAUGUGUUUAUCAAAUGUUAAACUAGGCUUUGAAUUAAUUCAAGCCGCUGGAAUGAUUGAACCACCAGCAAAACCUGAAGAUAUUGUAGCCGGUGAUACAAGUGCUAUCCUACGUGUACUCUAUGGUAUUUAUUCAUAUUGUGCACACAUGGAAGAGGAUGAGCAGCAACUGCAACAGCUGCAACAACACGAACACCAACACCAACAACACCGACAUGAAAUAACUAAUAUACAUGAACAAGAUGAAAUUGAUGAAAGCCAAAGAAACACUAAUAUGAUGAUGAUGGUUAAUACUGAUAAUGCGGGUAAUGCUAGUCCAGUUGUGCAGACUAGGGGAGCGACAAACUUCUUGUGAAAGGAGAAGCAUAUAGACGCAUAUGGGGUAUACAUCUUUGACUAAACCCCCCCCCCCGCCAAACACAGCUGUGAUAUUUAUUUGCCUACAAUUCACCACAAUUUACUCUAAUUAGUUAAUUUAAUGACUUAAUUAUUUUUUAAUUUUUAAUAGUUUGCUUUUAUUUUUAACCCCCCACCCGUCCCCCUAAUUAAUUUCAUAUUAUCCAAAGGGUAUUUUAUUUCAUUACGAUCUCUAGUUUCUAUUUUUGUUGUUGUUGUUUUUGCUUACAAUAAUGACAACAAGUAGGGCAACAACAGUGUCUUCAGAUUUUGUCUUUCUUUGGUGCUUUCUUUUUGAUUUUUAUUGAUUUCAUUAUUUUUAUGCUGAUCUCAAACUUAGCGGAAGUACACCUUCCUUCUAAGCAUUCUGCAUAUAUAUAUAUAUAUAUAUAUAUAUAUAUAUAUUAUCAUCGUCAAGUGCGCUUUUUUUGUAAACGCCUUUUGAUUUUGUCUCCUGUUUUGAAGAUCUUCUUCUGCUUCAUUUGAAGUGUAUUCAUCACAUGAAAGGGUUGGCGAUUGGCGGGCGAGUAAGUUUAGAAAGAUUCACUUGUCACCACACCACAUUCCUUUUUAUUGAGUUGAGUUAAUGUUGUCACUCUUUUUUCAGCUUUCUUUUGUGAAUGUAAUUGUAGUAGGCUUAAUAACGUGUUGGUUGGUAUAUGUGCAAAAACGUACAAGGUUCUUUCUUACUUUUGAUGACAAGAAGUCAUCGAGUGGUUUUUUUAAAAUUCGCUUCUUUAUAUUUAUAUUUUAUAUAUUUUGGUAAAAUAGUUUUGGUGGAUAGAUUUGUGUAGUGUUGUGCUUAGAAAAAAAAUAAACGUAAAUUUGAUGGGGAAACUGUUUUUCACUACUCUGGUUAUUAGCAUUAUUACUAUUCUGUUGAGGCGAGGACGCUGACAAAAUGCAGU